CCCAGCUGCCGCCGCCUCCCUCUCCUGUGCGGCCGCCGCCCCCUCCUCCUCUCCCCUGUGCGGCCGCCGCCCCCUUCCUCCUCUCCCCUGUGCGGCCGCCGCCCCUUCCUCUUCUCCCCUGCGCGCGGCUCCCCUUCCGGCGGCUUCCGCGACCGACGACAGCGCCGCCGCCCCUGCGCGAGCUCACCCACCACACCUACGCCUCGGGGAUUAAACGGGGCCGGAGUCCCUGGUGGGUCUGCGAUCCCCGCUCGGGGAUAGCCCCGUUGCCAUCCCUACCCGCCCGGCCGCCCCCCUCGCCGGCCGCCGCCGCCUCCUCCUCCUAUGCCCUUCCGCCCCACGCUCCCGCGAAGCUGCCCCCGCGAACGCAAACUCACCUCCUUCCUAGCCGCUGUCGCCUCCCUCUCCGACCCUCUCAAACCGACGCCCUCGCCGCCCGCCGGCGCAGUGCCUGCAGCUCCCACCCCCGCUGCUUACAACGCCCUCAUGUCCGCCUACUCCCGCGCCGGCCGCCCCGACGAGGUCCUCCGCCUCUUCCGCUCCCUCCCCUUCCAGCCCACCGCCCCGCUCUUCACUACCCUCAUCUCCUCCCUCGCGGACUCCGGCGACCACCGCGCCGCGCGCGCCGCCUUUUCCUCCCUUCUCGUCUCUGGCCUCCCGCCCACGACCUCCGUCCUCACCGCGCUGCUCAAGGCCCACCGCACCGCCUCGGUCGAAUCCGUGUACCACGUCUUCUCGGACUUCUUGGCCGCUAUGGCCGCUGCGGGCUGCUCUGCCGACGCCGCUGUCUACAACUGCCUCAUUUCGGCGCUCUGCGACUUCGGGCGGGUCGAUGAGGCCUUGGGCGUCCUUGACCUCAUGCUAGACAACCACAUCUGGCCCACUAUUCGCUCCUACACCACGAUCCUGCACGGGUACUGUGAGCAAAGCAGGAUUCUAGAGGCAGAGAGGUUAGUUGAUACCAUGAUCGAAGUAGGGUGUCUGCCGGAUGUCAUCACAUACAGCGUUCUCAUAGAGGGGCUUUGUAGUGUAGGGGAAUUCGGCAAGGUGGAAAGGGUUUUAGGAGAGAGUGAGGAGAUGGGGUGGACGCCAAAUUCUGUCACCUAUACUAUAUACAUGUCUGCCCUGUGCAGAAUGGGAUUCUUGGAUGAGGCAUUCCGGCAAGUAGAUAUUAUGCGGAGCAGAGGAUUGUCCAUGACAGUUGAGACAGUUAACAUUCUCUUUGAUUGCUUGUGCCGAGACUCGAGGUUUUCUGAAGCAGUGUGCUUGCUGGAAUACAGCGGAGAGCUGGGCUGGGAGGUUGAUGUGUUCUGCUAUAACACACUGAUGAGUAGGCUCUGUGAGUUUGGUGAUUUUGCUAGGGUUUUGAAGCUAUUGGUUGAUCUUAUAAAGAAGGGCAUUGGGCCAGAUAUGUUCAGUUUUACAAUUGCAAUCCGGAGCCUCUGUGGGGCUGGGAAGUUUCAGGUGGCAAAGUACCUACUGGAUAACGAGGCAAUGUCAUAUGAUGUUGUGGCAUUCAAUACCUUAAUUCAUGGAUUAUGCAUGGUUGGGGAUUUACAUGGAGUGAUAGAAAUUUAUAUGGACAUGACCAGUAGGAAUGUUAUUCCAAAUAACUUUACCUUUGCUAUGGUAAUCGACAGUUUAUGCAAACAGAAGAAGUUUCUUACCGCAAUCAAUUUUCUUCUUGAACCAUCGGUAGAAUAUUUGCUUCCUGGUCAUGAAUCUUUGAGCAAAUGUUUGGUUCUUGAUCUUGAAUCUUCGAGAAAAUGUUUGGUUCCGGAUCAUUUCAUUCGCCUGACUAAUUGGCUGGUAAAAGCAAAAGGAUUGGGAUAUGUACUGAUCCUUCUCCGUAAGAUACGUUCUAAAGGUCUUGCACUAGAUGUCUUCUUAUUUAAUCCACUGGUUAGGAUAUUUUGCUGGGAAGGGUACUGUAAGCAUGAGAACUUCUAUGAAGUUUCUUUUAUACUUGACAGAAUGCUGGAAUGCCUCUCCAGCCAGCAAACAACAUAACUCAGCAAGCAAUGCAAGUAGUGCAAAAUCCAGUUUGCUGUCUCAUCCUCCCUAAGCUAUUCAACUAGCUGUCCAUUGAUAGAUUGAACUACAAGGCAAGGAGCUGAGUUACGGCUAGCAAACCACUUUAUGGGACACAGAUUCAAGUAGUCGGAACAAGAUUAUUAAGAUUGACAUAAAGGUUGGUUUAAUGUCAGGAUGGCAGUUUUCCCCGUGGGGGCGGAUCCCCGCGGGGACCCGACCCGAACAAAAUGGGGGGAAAUUUUUCCCCGUGGGGAGAGCGGGGCGGGGCCCCAAAAUCAAUCGGGGCGGGCUGGGGACGAUAUUUGCCCCGUGGUUCACCCAUGGGGACCCGAAAUAACAGAUGCUAAACUUCUGGCCCAGAAAAACAUUACGGCCCAAUGGCCCAACAACCCUUGGAUGUAUAUACAGAGGACUAGAGCUAGCCUGGGUACUAUACACUUGGAAGGAUCAAUUAAUGUAUGCCUAACUUAGGAAAGGUCACAUCUUUUCCCUGUUGGAUGGGAAUAACGGAAUUUGCAGUUCAGAUGUUUCAUGAGGAAUUCGAUGUGCAAAAAGAUUACCCUGUAUAUGCAAAAGAUGGUUAUAUUGUACCGCAUCACAUGCUCUGCUAUUAAUGAUAAUGGCUGGACACCGAAACAGUCAUGGAAAACGGCACUCUGAUUAUGCUGAAAAUGGAGGCGGUAAGAGAAGAAAUUCUGGUGAUGAUUCCUAUGCUGGUCCCGAUGAUACUGUGUAUUGCUACCUCUGCGCCUCUAGAAAAAUUGGGAGUAUCAUUGGCCGUGGUGGAGAGAAUGCGAAGCAGUUGAGGAUUGAGAUUCAAGCUAAGAUUAGGAUUGGCGAGAGUGUUUCUGGCUGUGAAGAGCGGGUUAUCACAAUAUUUAGCUCAAGCAGGGAAACUAAUACUAUUGACGAUGCUGAAGAUAAGGUUUGCCCUGCUCAAGAUGCUCUCUUUAGAGUUCAUGAGAGGCUUGCUUCUGAUGAGGGUCCAGGGAAUGAAGACAGUUAAGAAGUUGUACCUCAAGUUACUGUUCGUUUGCUUGUGCCAUCAGACCAGAUUUGGAUGCAUUAUUGGAAAAGGCCGGUGGGCAUAUCAUCCAAGGAAUCUGCAGUGAGACUGGCGCGCAAAUACGCGUGCUUAGUAAUGAUCACAUUCCAGCAUGUGCCAUUAAUAGUGAUGAACUCCAGAUAUCCGGGGAUGCCGUAGUUGUCAGAAGGGCUCUUCGUCAAGUGUCAUCUCGCGUCCAUGACAAUCCAUCUAUGUCACAGCAUCUUCUUGCAUCCAGCUUGACCCAACCUUAUGCAGGGAGCUCCCACCUUGGUAGUUCCUCCACUGCACCUGUUGUUGGGAUUACUCAUGUAAUUCCUGCUUUUGGAGGAUACAAAGGUGAUGUUGCAGGAGAUUGGCCCUCUGUAUAUCAACCUCGGAGGGAUGAGAGCUCUGCAAAGGAGUUUUGUUUGCGUUUACUCUGUGCUGCUGUGAAUGUGGGAGGUGUAAUCGGGAAGGGUGGUGGAAUUAUCAAACAGAUUAGGCAGGAAUCUGGGGCUUUUAUUAAAGUGGAUAGCUCCAAUUCAGGUGCUGAAGAUUAUUGCAUAAUUACAGUUUCUGCAAAAGAGUUCUUUGAAGAUCCUGUCUCUCCAACAAUUGAUGCUGCAAUUCGUUUGCAGCCUAGGUGCAGUGAGAAAAGUGAUGCAGAAUCAGCAGAGCCAUCAUACACAACACGCUUGUUAAUGUCUACAUCACGUAUUGGGUGCCUAAUUGGCAAAGGUGGUUCAAUCAUUACUGAGAUACGGAGAACAACAAGAGCAAGCAUACGCAUUCUUUCAAAGGAAAUGUUCCAAAGGUAGCAGCAGAAGAUGAAGAGAUGGUUCAGAUCAGUGGAGACCUUGAUGUUGCAAGACAUGCUCUUGUGCAAAUAGCUACAAGGCUGAAAGCCAAUUUCUUUGAAAGAGAGGUUGCUUUAUCUGCAUUUCCACCUGUGAUCCGUUAUCAUCCUUUGCCUGCUGGUGUUUCAGAUGAACCAAAGUAUCUAAGCAGAGACAUGAAGCCUGUUGGGCAUUAUCUAUAUUCUAGUGGUUUUCGUGAAUCAGAUGAUAUGAUUCCGUCUGACAGCUAUGGAAGUUAUAGCAGCUCCCAGGCACCUGGAGGCAGAUGUGGGACUUACAGUGGGUACAGUGGCCUCUCAACCGGCAGUGGGUUGUCUGGUCAUAGUUCUCUUCCUAUGGAAAGCGUCAUGGUUAUCAGGAUCUAGAUUUGUUGAAUAACUCAGCCAAGACAAUGAAGUUCGGAGCCUGCUUAUUGGAGCCCCUUCCCAAACCAGAUGACCAAGAGUAUUAUUGCCCAUCCUGGAAGCUUGUUUAAGAGGACCUGUCUGGAUGCCAUAGACCAUUGAUUUUCCUCACACUACAUUACUUAUAUCUUCCACCGGGCCUGUGUUUGUAACCCUAUCGUAAAUUUUCCGAACCUAUGAUUGAUGAAGGUCGAGAUUGCGUGUAUUACUCGUUUGAGACCUGCUUCAGUUUAGCCGCUUUUGUUGAAAUACUUGUUUCCUAUGUGCCACCCAAAAGCCAGGAAGAUUUACUUGAGAAAAAAAAACAUAGGGAGUUGUUACUUGUCAUUCUUUGAGAUGCAGGUUACUUCUCCGUGGUAUGUGCGACUGCCAUCCUUAAAAGUAACACUAGAACCACAUGCCAUUCUUGAAAGUAGCACCAGAGACCACAUAUACCAACCUUGUUCCUGUUGGCCGACAUUUCACAAGAUGAUUGCACCGCUGCAACUUGCAACAUCCUUAUGAUACUCAAAUGAGCUUGAAAUAUACUACAGCAUAGAAAGACAUUUAUGUAUUUCAACUGAUGUUUUGGAGCACAAAAUUUUUAAUUGGUUAUAGAUUUUAUUAUGUACUUUGUGUGACAGCUAAGAGCUUAACUGUAGAUAGCUGGAAACUUAGCAUGGAUUGGUUUAUAUCACAAUGACCUUGAAAUGCACUAGGAAAUCUCAUGAUCUUACUGAACCUUCUGACCUCUCAGUCUCAUGCAAUUGUUGUUCUGAUGCUUAAAAUAAGUGUUGCUGAUUUAAUGUUGGUUAUACACUCGUCGUGUUGGCUGAACUGUAUGCUAAAGUCUACCUAACUGAAGGUAUUCAGUUUUAGUCACAGGAAGCAGUUCACGUGGUGAAGACACCCCCCAAUAUUUUGCAGGUUGACAAUUUAUUCUAUCUAGAUGCUAGAAGUUUACAGGACUAGGUAACAAUAUGAGUAUAGGUUCAGUAUACAGUUCAGGAACCUAACCCUGGCCCACUUUAUGGAAACGAGUGGCGGCGGCUGCUGCCUACUCUCGUCCACUCUCUCAUCAAGGCACGAGGCGACAGGGGCUGCGAGCCUGCGACGGGGGCGCGAGACGACGAGCUGCAAGGAAGACACAAGGCGACGGGCGACUAUGGAGAGGGCGCGAGGCCAAGAUCCCGCGGGGGCUGAUGGGCAAGCAUCGCCGUGCAGCAGAUGUACUCCGUCCACCGACCAGUUUUCUUCCUUCCACGCGCCUUGUCCAGAUCCACAACCACAUCAUCGUGAAGAGAGAAAUCUCAUUGGCUCGUCGCAAGCCGCAUCAACGCCAAGAUCUGAUUCCUUUGUAUUUGUUUGCUUGCAUCGAUAAAUUGGAAAGCUGAUUGUUGGCCAUUGCGUGGCUGCUGAUUUGAUUUUUCUUUCCUGAUAAGCUUGCUGAUUUGAUUUGAUCAAUUGGAAGUUUAGAGGCGGAUUUGGUUUCUUCUUUA